GCUCCUCCGCCGGCAGCAACUCGGCGCCCUCGGUCCAUGGACCGGAACCCCGGGCCGACGGGCAGGAACCCGGGCCGCGAUCGCCGCCUCCCCGCCCCAGGCUCCUCCUCCUCGCUCCCCACCGCCUCCUCCCGACGCCCGCGGGCCGCGCACCGCCACCGCUGGGCUCGCGGAGCCGCCCUGGGAGGCUGGGUGGCGGGUUCGCGGCUGCCGCCGGACUGAGGCCUACUCCGCCGCCUCUCAGUGCUAUUGUCCCUGGGCCCGGCCCUGACCGGGCCCACUGGGGAGGCGAGUGCGCCGCCUCCGACGAAGAUGCCGGACCAAGCCCUACAGCAGAUGCUGGACAGAAGUUGCUGGGUGUGUUUUGCCACUGAUGAAGAUGAUAGAACAGCUGAAUGGGUGAGACCAUGCAGAUGCAGAGGAUCUACAAAAUGGGUUCACCAGGCUUGUCUGCAGCGCUGGGUGGAUGAAAAACAAAGAGGAAACAGUACAGCCAGAGUGGCAUGUCCCCAGUGCAAUGCUGAAUACUUAAUAGUUUUUCCAAAGUUGGGUCCAGUUGUUUACGUCUUGGAUCUUGCAGAUAGACUGAUCUCAAAAGCCUGUCCAUUUGCUGCAGCAGGAAUAAUGGUUGGCUCUAUCUAUUGGACAGCUGUAACUUAUGGAGCGGUGACAGUGAUGCAGGUUGUAGGCCAUAAAGAAGGUCUGGAUGUUAUGGAGAGAGCUGAUCCUUUAUUCCUUUUAAUUGGACUUCCUACUAUUCCUGUCAUGCUGAUAUUAGGCAAGAUGAUUCGCUGGGAGGACUAUGUGCUUAGACUAUGGCGCAAAUACUCAAAUAAACUACAGAUUUUGAACAGUAUAUUUCCAGGGAUUGGUUGCCCUGUUCCUCGAAUUCCAGCUGAGGCUAAUCCUUUAGCAGAUCAUGUCUCUGCGACCCGAAUUUUGUGUGGAGCCCUUGUUUUUCCUACUAUUGCGACAAUAGUUGGUAAACUAAUGUUCAGUAGUGUUAACUCUAAUUUACAAAGGACAAUCUUGGGUGGAAUUGCUUUUGUUGCCAUUAAAGGAGCAUUCAAGGUUUACUUCAAACAGCAGCAAUAUUUACGUCAGGCACACCGCAAAAUUCUAAAUUAUCCAGAGCAAGAAGAAGCAUAAAACUGACUUCUCGUUGUUCUGCAGUCCUCUCAUUCUUAUGAGUCUGUUGUGUUGUUUUGAUUCCAUCAUUAAUGCACAGUAGUGGAGACUUGCGAUAAGCUGCUGCUCUCAUAUUUUUAAGAAGUAAAAUAAAGCACUUAGGGAAGGGGAAACCCUCUCAGUAAUCACGGAACCUAAGGAUGUGAUUUGUUUUCAUUCUUUUGUAUGUACUUCUUUUAUGGCAGUCAUCUGAACCAUUAUUUUAGCAUGGUGAACCUGAGUUUUGUUCAUAUUUUCUUCAGACAGAAAUGUAAAGAUCAAACUGUGCAAAUAUUUAAAAAUGCACAUGCCGUUUUAUUCAAAGGCCUCUUUUGUACAUGUUCAUGUUCAGUGUUUUCUUAGAAUCAGCAACUCAAUGAAGGUACUAUGAGGAUUUUUCUCACUGGCAUAAUUUGAUUACAAGCUAAACAGGAGUAUAUGUUAAUAUGAGGAAAUGUAAAUUAGUUAUACAUAAUUAACAAACCAAAAAUGUAUGUAAACAUUCAAAUGAUUAUCUGAACAAAUGCAAUUUUGUUUUCUUUUUCUUAACCCAUGUGAUGUCCUCCAAAAUGUGUAGGGUAAAAAUUCACAGGGCUUCCAGAUCACUUUUUCACUAUUAAAUUUUAUUUAUAUAAUGUUGACAUCUCAUAGUUCAUAUUGUAAUUUUGACUCAUGCAGUCUUAAUUACUGUGUGUGUGUGUGUGUGUAUGUGUGUGUGUGUGUGUGUGUGAGUGAGAGAGAGAGAGACAGAGACAGAGACAGAGACAGCGACAUCAGGUCCUUCCAUCACCGGAGUAAGGUUUUUAAAUUCGUGUUUCUAGAAAUUAGUUUAUAGUAGUUUGAGCACAGAGAACGAUUUGCAAAAAAUCAAUAAAGUUAUUUUCCUCUCCUUU